AUGGCACAAGUGUGCUUUAUGUUGCGACUUUCUUUCGUCAGAUUCACACCGACAAUUGUUUCCUUCCCCUUCCUCGCCUCGUCUACCUAUUCAACACAUAGAUCCCACCUCAUCCUCGACACAAACACUCUAUCAAUCUCACAUCACACCUCUCCAACCGCCAAAAUGGACUACCUAAAGACAGCCUUCAAUUAUACAAAACUAACUCUUCUCUCUUUCACAGACCACAAAAACAACCCCUUUUCAUCUCAACAACUCACAAAAGCAACAAGGACAAUGGCCGAAGAGAAAGCCCCCCAGCCCACCUCAGCUGAGGCCUUCCUCUUCUAUUCCAUAGUGAAGAAUCUGAGAACCCGGCCAGAUAUCAACUGGGAGGGCGUCGCCCGCGACAACGGUUUCAAAAACGCCGAGACGGCCAAGGUGCGCUACGGACAGGUGAAGCGCAAGCUCAACAUUGAGAACUGGUCGCCGCCCGUCAAGCCGCAGGGCGGCAGAUCCAGCGGUUCGGGCGUGGGCAAGACGGAGAUGGACCAGGGGACUAGUCUUGUGAGCAGCAAGCCCAAGGCUGGGACUGGAGCCGGGGUGGUGAAGAAGAGGACGAACAACAAUGGGAAGGGUGGUGGGAAGAAGACUCCGGCCAAGGUUAUGGAGGAAGAGGAUGAUGAUGAUGAUGACGAGGAGGAGGAGGAGGAGGAGAAGUCGAAGGCGAAGGGGAUCGAUGCUGCCUUGGCGAGACUCUCUCCCACGCCGACGGGACGGGCUCAGCGGCAGGUUGAGUUUGGCAGUGCGAUUGCAGAUGUGGAUGAGUAUAUUUCUUCGCUGCAGAGUCGGACUCCCAUCGUGGCUGCCAGGCAGGUCGGUUCUUACCCUCCUCGUGGGGUCAAGAUCGCGGGGGAGGUUUAUCUGAAGACUGCCAUUCCAGUUAGGGGGUUGGGGGAUGUGUGGACGGUCAAGCCGGUUAGUCCUGAGGGGCAUGAGGCUUGGUUUCAGGGGUUGGGGUUGGAGGAUCAGAACCGGUUUAUGGAGGAGGCAGUGGAGUUUUUUGUGAAGAGUUCGGAGGAGGGGGUCGUGGGGGAGAAUGCGUUGGUGGUGCAUCAGGGUGGUGAUGAUACGGGGGUUCACUAA